UUUUCAUCGAACAUAAUGACCCAGCUUUACCAUUACCAUCUGAUCGUUUAGAAAGACACUCAAAAUUACUCAAAGGGCCCUGUCAAGUCCACUUAUCUCUUUAUCCAAGAGUAAAAUUCGGGGAUCGAUUUCGUUCUUUUCAAAAAUCAUGGUACGAAACUUUUAAAUGGUUAGAAUACAGUGAAAGUAUAAACGCAGCAUUUUGUUUUUGUUGUCGAGCAUUCUCUUCGAAUAAUAUAAUUAAAAAAGGUCAUAUCGAUCAAUCGUUUAUAAAGAAAGGUUUCACUAAUUGGAAAGGUGCCACUGAAGCUUUUAGACUACACGAAAAGUCACAAUGUCAUAUUGAUAGUGUAAUGUCGUGGGAACAUUUGAAAAAAGGAAUUCCCAUUGAUGUUCAGUUGGAUAAACAAAAAGAAAUCACAUUAGCAACUCGUGAAAAAAUACGUUUAGAAAACCGAGAAAUUAUCAAACGUUUGAUUGAUGUUAUAGUUGUAUUAACCAAAAGCAGAAGUUCAUUCAGAGGACAUCUUGAGCAUGAAGAUAGUGUGAAUAAAGGACUAUUUUUAGAAAUCGUAGAUCUACUUAAACGAUACGAUCCUAUUAUAAAAAAUCAUUUAGAACAUGGGCCUAAGAACGCACAAUUUGUUAAUAGUCUAACGCACAACCAGCAAACGAAGGCACGUCUUAUGCAAGCGUAA